UCGGCCGGAGGAAUGGCGUGGGUCGGAGGUGUCGUGGCCUUGGUGUUUGUGCUCUCCAGAGCUCUGGCGGAGAAAAAGGGCCCCCCGGAAAACCGCUCUGAGAUUAAGGUGUCCAACGGUGGCUCCCGGGGCGCUUGGGCCUGGAAGGAAAUGUGCCCGGAAGGGACCUCCGCCACAGGCUUCAGCAUCAAGGUGGAACCCUAUCAGGGCCUGUUCAAGGAUGACACCGCGUUGAACGGGGUCCGUCUACACUGCACGGAGGGGGACCACAAGGGCAAGAACCAAGGUCACACUGUGGAGUCACAGAGCGGCAUAUGGGGGAAAUGGUCA